GGAAACAAACUUAGUCCCCCGCCUUUUAACAUUGAGUGAACCGGCCCUGCUCUUCUCUUAGUAUUCUUCUAUAAAAAAUAGGCCGAUAUUAGUGAGUGCCUAUUGCUGUCAAUUUUAGAGACAAAAGGGCGAAAAAGGGGGCGCAGUUGGCAGGUGUGGCUGUCAGUUGUUUCCCUCUGGUUGUAAUUUGAUUGCGCUGCAAAGUAAAGAGGAUGGCAGCUGUUGGAGAACCUCUAACUUUAGCGCGAGACGUGAAGCGUGCAAUUGAGUUGUUGGAAAAACUACAAAAAAGUGGUGAAGUUCCCACUACUAAACUUGCUGCACUUCAGAAAGUACUUCAGAGUGAUUUUCUCAAUGCUGUUCGUGAAGUUUAUGAACAUGUUUAUGAAACUGUUGAUAUACAAGGGUCACAGGAUAUUAGAGCAUCAGCUACUGCAAAAGCUACCGUAGCGGCAUUUGCUGCUAGUGAAGGCCAUGCUCACCCGAGAGUUGUGGAAUUGCCCAAGACAGAAGAAGGCCUGGGAUUCAAUGUAAUGGGUGGCAAGGAGCAGAACUCUCCAAUAUACAUAUCACGUAUUAUUCCAGGAGGUGUUGCAGAUCGACAUGGAGGUCUAAAACGUGGUGAUCAACUGCUUUCUGUGAAUGGAGUGUCUGUGGAAGGAGAAAAUCAUGAAAAGGCUGUUGAACUUUUGAAGCAAGCCCAGGGAUCAGUAAAACUAGUUGUUCGAUAUACACCAAAAGUACUAGAGGAAAUGGAAAUGAGAUUUGAUAAACAACGAGCAGCUCGACGAAGACAAUUUCAGCACAUAAAUGAUGAAUGAAGAGGGAUUGCCAGGAAAUAGCUUGCUCAAUCUGUUUGUUUCAGAACAUUUUGAAGUAAUUGUAAUUGUUGCAGUAAUUAUAAUUCUGUUGGGGUUAAUCAGGUGUUUGUCGAUUUAAUUAAAAAUGUAUUGUCAGUGUUGUGAGUUGUAAGUAAUUACUUUAUUUUGUAAGUUCAGUAUUGUGAAACAUUUCCAACUUGAAGUCUAUCUGUAAUGAGAAACUGUUUUUAAUUAUUUCGGUUUAUAUUCUGUUAAGUUUGUUUACUGGAAAAGUAGUUUAAAAAAUAUUUCCAUUGCAGUAGAGUGUGAAGAAAUGUUUAUGUAACAUAGGAAUGAUUACUACUUUAUGUGACCAUUGUAUUUUCAGAAUAAUUUUUAUUUUAAUUAUGAUAAUUUUUCUGAAAACAGAAAUAACACUGGGUAGAUUGAAAAGAAGGAAAGGAAAUGAGUUGGGGCAAAUGUUUGUAUAUGUAUAUGAAUGUUAAAUGUGUAUGGAAGAUAAUUUGCCCAUUUGUGAAUAAAUUAGAGAAAUUAAAUAGGAACUGAAAUUAGUUGGUUUUGAUACAUUUUUUCUCUAAAAAAAUAUUUAUACUUUUAAUUCAAGAAGAUAAGAGCCCCUGUGUUUGUGUUCAUUAAGAUAUUAAUUUGUAAGAAAUAAGUCUGGCAUUUUAUGAAAAUGUAUUAUUUGUCUGAAAGUUUUGUGUAUAAUAACUGCAUUACAUACUGGUCAACAGUCUUACUGCUUUUUGGAAGCUUAAUACAAUCUGCAUUAUGUUUGUGAAAAAAGUUAUUCCUGAAGGGUAUAAUCAGUGCUGAAUUAAGGUUUGAUGUCUGGAAGUGUUGAGAGCCCAUAGGCCUGUUCUGAAGUAGAGGGGAUAUCAAUAAUUCAGAUUGCGAAUUGAAUGAUUGACUGAAAGAAGGCCACAUUUUGAAACACAUGGUUAAGAAAAUCAGAUAAAUAAAAAUGAAGGGAAGGUGGUUCGUAGUUCAAAAUAUAUCUUAUAUACCAUGUCACUAAUGAAGACCAUAGCCCUUCUUCCAGUUAAACUGACAAUCUUCUAAAGGAAUCACAUUUACUUAAUUUUCAGAGAAAUUUGUUUGGAAAGAAAUGACUAGAAAUGUGUUCAAAUGUUUAUUGACAUUUUUAUAAGAAUAAAUUAAUUUUUUUUUUUUUUCUUUUUUAUUUUUUUUUUGGUAAAAUUGAGUUAUUAUGCCUGCAGUUUUGUUCAGUGACUAGAGAAGAAGCAACAGAUGCAUUUCAAAAAUAGUAAAAACAAAAUACAGAUUUAGUUUCAUUGCACAUAAAUGACAGUAGUAAAAAUGAGAAAAUGUUAAAAUAAAAUGGAUGUAAUACAAUUAUUGCAUAUUAAAGGGUCUUCAAUCUGGCAGGGAUCCUUGGUUUUCAUAGCCCAAGAGGCCUAUAAGGACUUAGUGGCACAGGGGUGCCCAGAGGAUGAGACAACUUGCCCCAGGUCUGUCUUAAUUGGAGCUCGAACAAUUUUAUUAAUUCAUAAAAAUUUAUAAUUCAUUUCCUCUUAUUAAAAUUAACCACUUCAUGGCAUUCCUGGUGCAUGGAGAAAUGAAUUCUUUUUAUGUAUUGGAAAGGGAAGAUUUUAUUUGAAAUGUGGGGCCCCAGUGGAUUUAUUAUCGCAGGCCUCUAGGUUUCUCUGGGUGGCCCUGGGGGUAGCUGGAUUUGCUCAGGGACUCUCAGCUCUUGUAGUUUGAGAGAUCUUAUAAACAGCUUAGAUUAGAUUUCUGAAACGUGGAUAUCAUAUUAAAUACAAGAAUGUAAGAAAAAUAAUUGUUGAACUCAUCAUCCAUGAAAUAAAUCCUGGGAUCAAAAACUCCUGACUACACCAGACUAAAAGUCAAAUCGUUUUAGAAAGACAUAAAAAGUUAUUAGGUUUUCAAUUACUCUCAGGUAAUGGGCUGAAUCUUUGUUGCAGAAAUUUACAGAACCAGUGAAGCUUGCUGAAUAAGCUGAGAACUUAAUUUUUAUCCCUAAACAGGAUAUUCUGCUUUUUCAAUUCUCUGUUGAAUUGCACUGUUAAACAUAUCUUAUCACUCAAAAUAAAAUAAAAAAUUCAUGAAGAAAAAUAUUGAAUAAAGUAUUGUGAGGUAGAUUUUCAUUGUAUAAUUUAGUAACAUGUUUUCAAUCAACUACUUAUUCAACUGUUUCAUUGAAACAAAGCAAAUACUGUGAGCAUUGUUCUUAAACUAUUUUAUUCUUUCUUGCAUUACUUUUUAUGACCUUUUUGGAAAUGAAUGAGAACCAAACCUAUAAUUUAUAAUUUUAAUUUACAUGUUACAUUGUUUAGAAUAAUUUGAGAUGACCAAUUAGUAUUGUUACUGUAUUUCUUCUUGAUAUUUUCUUAUAUUAUCUCUUGUAUACCAAAUGUGAUAUCUUUGGGAUCCAUUACAAGAUAGAACGUGAAUGUAAUUGAUUCAUUUAAUAUUGAGAGAAAAGUUCAACAAAAAAAUGUUUACUUAUUCUUAUGGAAUGAUGGAAAAUUUUUAAUUUAUCAUAUUUCUUCCUGUUAUGCUACAAAAACCUGUAAAUCUACAUUUUUAAAUUGCAUGGUUAAAUGUUAAAAAUUAAUAAUAUUGUAGUUGAGUGUCUUUUCUUCAUUCUUAGAAACAAUUGGAAGGUUUUCAGGGAAUUGACCACAAUGAAUCUUAUCCAAUAAACACUUGCAAGAAUAGCAUUCAUGAUACCUGUAAUAUUAUUAAAAUAUUUCAUAAGAAACUGCCCUUAGCACACAGUAAGUUUUAUUAUUAAGGCCAGGGGUUAAUUUUUUAGAGUAGGAACAUUUGUUUAAUUUAAAUGUUUCCUUUUUCUCCUUUUAAGCUGGUCAGAAUUACUUCUCUCUAUAUAAAUUGGCCUCAUUUUCAAAAAGGGAUACUACUUGUAAAAAAUAUAAUUUUAAUCUUGGUAAACAAACUUAAGUUUCUGUACCAUUUGUUACAGAAAUUGUUUAAAUUUAAGAAUUACUGUGUUUCUUAGUUAUAAACUAAGUAUAUUCAGUUAAUUCUGCUUUGUAAUGAAAAGAAAAUUAUGAACAUGAGGUAAACUCAUUUAAGGUAUGUGUACUAUCAUAUUUGUGCCUGUUAUUCACAUCUUACAGACUUUGAUUUGGUUAAUCAUUGUUCUCAUUUUGAAGAAUACAUUUUUCUAUAGAAACAUAGCUAUUUAGUUUUUUUGAGAGUGUAGUUAAUAUCUUAUACUUUUGGAAGAGAUAACCACUUUAAUUAGAAUUUUAAUGAAGUGUUAAAUAAGUCUUUCAUAUACUCCAAAGUUUAGUUUCUUCCAUGCAGACUUUUAAUCAAUGUAUUUUUACAAUGUUCAAGAAUUUUUGUUGAGAUUAAUACAAGAAAAUUAACUUCAGAAACUUAAUCAGACGUUGGUCUUAUGUUACAGGCAUUUGAAAGACAACUUGCUUACAACUAUUAUAGUCGGGGUUGUUAUUUCCUUACUGAAGCAAUGAAACAUACAAAUGCUUGGUUUUGUCAAUAACCAUUACAGUUUGCCCCGGCAAAUAUUUAGUUAACCUCUGAAAAUACUUUUGAUAAAUAAUUGAUUAAUUGGAGGGCAAGGGUGACAUGGUUCCUUUUAUGAAUCACUAGAUGUUCUCGCAACGUGGUUUGCAUGGAAUCUUGAGUUAAUUUAGGCAUGUUAAUGUUUUGAAAAUAGAAAUAAAAUGUGAAAAUAAUUAUUUGACAAUUGUUUACACUAAUAUUGUAAUGAAAUUACAGUACAGCUUCUAUUGUCAUACACUUUGGGAGCUAUACACUCAGGGUGACGUGUGGCCCAAGUGUAUAUUUGUCGAAGUAUGUGUGGCAGUGGAUGUACAAUUUUAUUCCUUCAAAAUAAAUUCUUAUAAAAGUGAGAAAGGAUAAUUAAGCUGCGAUUUAUCCAAUUGUGCGCCUGGCAGGUAUCAGCUGUAGACAGUUUCAUCCAAUAGGGAGCUUCAACUUCUUCAUAGUGACGACCAUACUGUGAUGUUAUUGGAUGAAACUCAACAGCUGGUACCUGCUAGGGAUGCUGCAGAGUUGGAGAAAUCGCAGUACUUAUAGUGUGAGCACCCGCGCCGGAAGAGCGCGAGCGAAGGCGCGAAUGACGUUGCGAUCAAACCGCAUUCGGUUAGGGAUGCGACAUCGAUGUCGAUGAUUUAAACAUUGAUGUAUCUGGGAGUUUGUGUCAACUCGAAUGUUAAUGCGCUAUCGAUUUUCUGCGCAUGCGCAGUUCAAGAUUCACACGACGUAAGUGCAUCUGCGCAUGCGUAGAAGAUCGAUACUGUCCGCUAU